GGCCCGCCUGUGCCCAUGUGCGGGACGGUGCCUACAGGUUGCCCAUGUCGGGGCCUGAGGGCCAGCAGGAACUGGGCACAGGAGCUUGGGGGGCUGAGGCUGCACACCUGGUGCAGAAGGUCCGGCAGGUGGGCGGUGGGGCUGGGGAAGGAGCAAGCUGUUCUGGAGGGAACAGGUCAUGCAUGGGCUUUCCCGGGUGCUGGAGUGGGGGCAGCAGGGGAGGCGGUAGAGAGACCUGGAGAGGGAGGGAAGGCGGAGCUACAAGCUCAGGAACCAGGAUGCCGAUCCCCUAGAUCCCCUCAGGUCCUAAUCGCCACACUCACCGCACCCGCAGCCCACACGGGCUCCACUGUAAAUAAACCGCGUCUCCUGGAGUGGAGGACGCGGACCUCGCGCAGCGGCUACGGUCACGGGGCGCCCCCCCGCGACGCGCUGCUCGUGUCCGCCGCCAUCACCGUCAGCCUCAGCGUCACGGUCGUGCUCUGCGCCCUCUGCCACUGGUGUCAGCGCAAACUGGGCAAACGCUACAAGAAUUCCCUGGAGACUGUGGGCACGCCAGACUCGGGGCGUGGGCGAAGUGAGAAGAAGGCCAUCAACCGAGUGUGCCCUGCCCCAGGGAGAGCAGCCCCUGCGUUGUUCCCAGGCCUGCACAGCUCGGCCAGCGACCUAGACAGAGACUUUUGGAAUAACAAUGACAGCACAGUGCAGCAGAAAUGGAGCUCCUACCCUCCCAAGGAGUUUAUUCUAAACAUUUCACCCUACGCCCCUUAUGGCGACCCACGACUGUCCCUCAAUGGCACCCUCCUGUCGGGCGCCAAAGUGGCCGCCGUGGCGGGGCUGGCGGUGGAGCGGGAAGGCCGGCUAGCGGAGAAGCCGGCGCCAGCGCCGCCGCCCGGAGAGGACGCCUUGAGAAGCGGCGGGGCUGCCCCCAGCGGGCCGGGCAGCGGCGGCAAGGCGGGGAGAGGCCGCUGGCGGACGGUGCAGAGCCACCUGGCCGCGGGGAAGCUCAACUUGUCCAAUUUCGAGGACUCCACCCUGUCCACGGCCACUACCCUUGAGUCUAUCCCCAGCUCCACGGGAGAGCCGAGGUGCCAGCGACCCCGCACCCUGACGCGGCAGCAGAGCCUGCAGCAGCCCCUGAGCCAGCAGCAGCGGGGCCGGCAGCCCAGCCAGCCCACCACCAGCCAGAGCCUGGGCCAGCUGCAGGCCCACGCGGCCGCAGCGCCUGGCACCAACCCCCGCGCCCACAGCCGAGGCCCAGCCCGGCAGGCCACCUCGGCCAGCUCCAAGUACCGGGCGGCCGGGGGCCGCAGCCGCUCCAACCCGGGCAGCUGGGACCACAUGGUGGGGCAGAUUCGAAACCGAGGCUUGGACGUGAAAUCCUUCCUGGAAGGCCGAAUGGUGGUGCUAUCCUUGGUCUUAGGGCUUUCGGAACAGGAUGACUUUGCCAAUAUCCCUGACCUGCAGAACCCAGGAACCCAGCAGAACCAGAACGCUCAGGGGGACAAGAGGUUGCCCGCAGGAGGGAAAGCGGUCGACACAGCGCUGGUGCCAGGCCAGACGCCCCACGAUGAGUCUGACCGCAGGACCGAGCCCCGAUCCUCUGUCUCGGACCUCGCCAACUCCCUCACCAGCGAGAUGCUCAUGCUGUCCCCAGGCUCUGAGGAGGAUGAGGCCCACGAGGGCUGCAGCCGCGAGAACCUGGGCCGGAUCCAGUUCAGCGUGGGCUACAACUUCCAGGAGUCCACGCUCACGGUGAAGAUCCUGAAGGCCCAGGAGCUGCCGGCCAAGGACUUCAGCGGCACCAGCGACCCCUUCGUGAAGAUCUACCUGCUGCCCGACAAGAAGCACAAGCUGGAGACCAAGGUGAAGCGGAAGAACCUCAACCCCCACUGGAACGAGACCUUCCUCUUCGAAGGUUUCCCCUACGAGAAGGUGGUGCAGAGGGUCCUCUACCUCCAGGUCCUGGACUACGACCGCUUCAGCCGCAAUGACCCCAUCGGGGAGGUGUCCAUCCCCCUCAAUAAGGUGGACCUGACGCAGAUGCAGACCUUCUGGAAGGACCUGAAGCCAUGCAGCGAUGGGAGUGGGAGCCGAGGGGAGCUGCUCCUGUCUCUCUGCUACAACCCCUCCGCCAACUCCAUCAUCGUGAACAUCAUCAAAGCCCGGAACCUCAAAGCCAUGGAUAUCGGGGGCACCUCAGACCCCUAUGUGAAGGUGUGGCUGAUGUACAAGGACAAGCGGGUGGAGAAGAAGAAAACGGUGACCAUGAAGAGGAACCUGAACCCCAUCUUCAACGAGUCCUUCGCCUUCGACAUCCCCACGGAGAAGCUGCGGGAGACGACCAUCAUCAUCACUGUCAUGGACAAGGACAGGCUGAGCCGCAACGACGUCAUAGGCAAGAUCUACCUGUCCUGGAAGAGCGGGCCGGGCGAGGUGAGGCACUGGAAGGACAUGAUCGCCCGUCCCCGCCAGCCUGUGGCCCAGUGGCACCAGCUGAAGGCCUGAGCGCCAGGGGACGCCCAGGGGGUCCCCGACGUGCAGGGCCGUCCAGGACUGCAGCCCCACCCAGCACCCCGCGGGGACUCCGGAGCCAUCUCCCUGCUUCACCGCCCUUCCCUUCGGACUCGCCAAGGCCGAGCAGCAGGGACCUCGUGAGCAGGCGGGCACACCCUCCAGAGGCCGCCAGGUGGGCAUGGCCCCCGUUUUCUUUACGGCAGUGCCUGGAGUGGAGAGAAGCCAGCCCCGUCCCGGGGGUGCCGAGGCGUUUGGCCCUGGCUGGCAAGACAGGCCCGUCUGCAGGUGGCUUCAGGUGCCGCCUGGGCCCUGAAUGCCAAGAACAGUGCACAGCCUGCUCUGUUUGUGUUGUGUGGCUGCGUGUGUGUGAGGGACGCUGGCUCCGGCCCAGGGCCAGCAGUGCUGAAGACGCAGAGAAGCAGGCUUGCGGGGGCGAGGCGGGCGUGGCCAGCCCACCCUCUGCUCGGGUCCUGGCAGCUCCCUCCUGGCAACUUCACCUCUCGGACAUCGGUUCACAACUUUAGGCACCUACUGUGUGCACAGCAUUCCACCAGGCCCCCAGCUCCCUUCCGUCUCAGGGGUCCCAGCCCCGCUGUCCCCCAACACCCCCAGAGACCCCACCUUCUCGGAUCCCUGCCCUCGCCUUCCUUCCCUCCGGGUGUGGUUUCCCACUGUGCAGCCGCCCUGCUGGUCCCUGGAGCGGCCCUUGCGCCCUCCCGCCCGCCUGGACUCUAAGGCCAGGGUGACUGGUGUCCCCGCGACAGCAGAUGUCAGGGCCACCGCUUGCGCCCUGGCCCCGGAGCUGGUCCUGCUAUGGCCAGCGCCUCCCCACAUUCCCAGAUGCACCGCCAGGUGGCGCCGGGACGCCACGGGCUUAGGACCCGGGCAGGGAAGGCGGCGCGGAGCGGAGCGGAGCGUGGCCCUCGCAGCGCAGGCCGGCCGGUGCGACCACACCCAUCACGGUUUGUGCACAUACGCAGGAGCCGGCCCUGUCGCCGCCCCUUCCUCCCUGGGAUCUGAGGGAGAUCGCUCCUGUGGGCGAGUCGCUCCGCUCCGGUCCGCAGAGAAGACGCCGGGCGAGUGAAGCAGUAGUCACCGCAUUCCCUGUAAACCCAGAGUCUCCACAGCGCAGCUUUGCUUUGAGUGGGCCUGGCCAGCUCCCCGGGCUUGGAUGGGGCAGCAGGGGCCAGAGGGCAGGGGCAGCGUGUCCCUCCCUCCCUGGAGGCGCCUUCGGGAGCAGCCAGCAGGGGCUCCCCGGUUCCAUGGGACACCCCCCCCCAGGCCGCUGGGACAGCCUGGCCCCCCACCCACCCAGACAUGGGCCGGGGCUGCAUGGGGAGGGCUGACGGUGGGUGGGGCUGGCAGGAGGGGCGGCAUCAUGGGCGCAGCGGUGGGGAAUGGGGGCGCCGGGCCCAGACCUUGGACAAGCCCCCACCCUCCCGAGACUCAGUUUCCCCGUCCACAAAAUGAUGGUAAUAAUCCUUCACCUACCUCAUGGGGAGGUUGUGAGGUCACCAUCGCCUGACCUGGGGGCCUAGCGAGGCAGAGGACCCUGAAGGUGCUACCGGGAGCAGAGUAUCAUUACCGCAGCCUGAGAGCUCGGCCGCCCGCCGGCCCCUGCUGCAGGGGCACGAGGGCAGGGUCCUGUCUUUUCACUGUGUCCGGGCCCUGUCUCAGUGUCAUCUGCCUCGUCCUGGGCACCCUAGACUUAGUCGUGACCUGGUUCAGCUCUCCUUCCUGUGAACAUCUCCCCAGUAACUGCUGUGCAAACCCCAGCCACCCAGGGCCCCCACACCCACCCUCCGGCCCCAGAGGCCAGGGAGGGACAAGGAAAAAGCCACACAAAAGCCCAGGGACGCCCAGCCCUGGGUGGGGACUGGUGGCUGCUGUUUUUGUCGUGUUUGAGUCUUUGAGUGCAAGUGUUUUAUAAAAAAUAAGACAAAAAUCCACUUUCACAAAAAAAGAAAGAAUUUUUGCAAUGAAGAGAAAUGAAAAAAAGCUGAAGAAAAAAGAACCAUACAAGUUUUCCACCACACACCCUGUAAGCCAGCAGAAUUUCCUCUUUGCAAAACCCUAUUUUUGUGGGAAUGGGCCCUGCUGUUUGGGGCGAGGCCUGUUCUGAUCAAUAAAGGACCAUGAAAAGUA